AUGGAGGAAGUGCAACCGCUCAACGUCCGCAUUGUGCGCGAAGCGGGGGAUCGUAGAAAGGUGAAGCUCUUUUUGCAUAAUACAUCAGGUACAGAGCGGGAAGGGUACCCCGUCAUGUUUUCGAUUAGGUGCUGUGAACCUGAUUUCUACAUCCCUGUUGGUAUAGAAACCACAGAUGGAAUAUUGCUUUCAGGUGAGUGCCGUGGCGUGUUGCUUCAGCUCCGUGACCCGAAAAAACGGGCGCAGAGUUGGGGCAUGGAGCGCGAGGGGAAGUUUGUAAAGUGGGGUGUUAUAAACGAACAACAGAUGAGGGUGUCGUGUGGGCCGAAUGUGCGAGCUUCUGUGGAGGCCGUAAGCCGUUUUGGUAAUGGUAGUUUGGAUGCACUGCACAGCUUUCGGGAUUCGGACAGCUCUUUUUUGACAACUGGAAACAGGUAUGAUUUUGGUGUAGAAUCGAGUGGGGGUGUUGUGAGAGGAUCACCUUUGCAGCGCAGCAGUGUGAAGUCGUGGAAUGCGGUGGUGCCAUCCGUACUGCCAAGUGAUGGUGGCAGCGCGAAACACUUGAGGUUAUCCGCAUCCGAGGAAUCACACACCCCAGGCUCUCUGGAAGAUGAGCUGGUUCAUUCCAGUGUUCGCAGCUCGCGUUCUCCACUUUGUACGGAUAGUUCCCGUUGCUCAUCUUCUCUCUUUGUGCAUUACACACGCUUGGGUGGAGAAAAACGGUCCAUAGCUGCUGCUAAGGAGUGGUUGGAGGCUCAGCAGAGUAAGUACAACAGAUGGUUGGAGAAGGUCCACCGCUUACAAGGAAAAGACACUGCUGGUGUGAAUUCACCGCCAACAACUGUCGCCUCUGCCCCGGCUCCUGCCACCCCACAUUUUUCGGCACUUUGUGAGCCAGUGCGCUGGGUGAAGAGGCCGCAAAAGGCACCCGCAAAUCUGAAGUUGUCAGCUUUUUGGCGCAAGCCCUUUAGCAAGGGUUCAGCUAAACUAUUGAAGGUGGGAAAGGAGUCAAAUCUCUGCAUCCGAGUGUCGUGUGAACUCGACGAUCCCAACAGGAGCGCAACGGACAUCAAACAUUCAGGGGGACCGCUAUCAGACGGACUGUUGCGUUUGAAUACAGCGCCCUCGCACAUUGGGUUUUUAAGGAGAGAACAACCACCGGUCACCGGUGAAGUUCAGCGGUACGAGCAUUCCGAAGACGUGCGGAGUAGCAACGGGAACCGCCGCAAAAUCCCUGAGGACACAACAGAUCGUAGUCCUACAGCACUAUUCCGAUUGGAAAGGCAUGAGAAUCAGGUGGCCACCGGUCGCAUUCCAUUCGGGAAGUUGGACCCCCCUGCACGUGGUGAUGUGGAUGUGGGUUGUUCCGCAUCAACUCGGUCGGAUUUCGCUGCAACGCUGAAUGGAAAACAAUCCUUACACGCAGAGCCGCAUGUUGUUCACAAGGAAGUGACAAACUGCCCGACGCCAAAUGGCUCGGCUUCACCUUUAGACGAUAGGGCUGACAAGCCGAGUAUGUCAGAGAAACUGCAUCUGAUGCGGUGGGACAAAACCAUGAGUAUAUUGAGGAAUUUAAGUGCUCCACAGAUGGGUGCUGCAAUUUGUGAAUUUGUUAAGCGGUGUUCUCCACAUCUGGAGUCGUUGGGGACUGUGACUUUGAAUACGGUGGUACGAGGCCUGCAUUCGGUUGGUAACACAAUUGAAGGUUCCAUUAACACUUUGCACGUUGUAGUGUUAUCUGUGCUUUUCGUGGCGACGAUUUGUCUUUUGUUUGCUAUUAUUAGGGGGGAUAGUUACAGUAAUGAAUUAGAUAUUGCUAUGAGUGAAAUCGGCUAA